GACCAAACUGCAGGGUUUUGUGACCCAGUUUCUUAUAUGGACUUCACCCUUGCUGAGGGACUGGACUGCAUUAACAGAAAGCUACAGAGCAUGGCAACCAUCAAGCUUGCUCUUCCAUUCGCUCUCCUGUGCGGGCUCAUGGUGAUUGGCUGCUCCAUUCAGAACACGGAGGCAAAGCAGGGAAAGAUUUGCCCCAUGUACUGCCUGGAUGCGACGUUCAUGACGUGCCCGCCCAACGACACGAAGCAACUGCAACCUGUGUGCAACUGCUGCCUCGCCGACAAGAAAGGCUGCACCAUCUACCUGAGCAACGGGGGAGUGGAGAAAUGCCCUUGAUGAACCUGUGUUGAUGAACUCUUUCUUGCAUUG